ACAGAAGGCGAACCGGAAGGUCUGAAGUAACCCCGACUGAAGGCAAGCAAAAACAACCUUUUUAUCAAAUAUAAUAAAAUCUACCAUCGAGGUGUCAGAAUGGCUGAACCUCGUUUUAAUAAUCCCUACUUCUGGCCUCCACCCCCCACCAUGCCUGGCCAGAUCACCUGAAGAGAGGACAUCAAUUAUUGUAAAUGUACUUAGGUUACAUUGUUGAGUUAUUUCCCUUUGAAUCCAUUGGAGGGAGCUAAAGCAGCACAAGUAAUUCUGGAUAAUCUCGUAUUGAUCAACAAGAUCAAGGAACAGCUGAUGGCUGAGAAGAUCAGACCACCCCACCUGCCGCCUUCCACAGUUCCCUCCCAACAGCAACUACUGGGAAAUCCUACACAGACAGAAGGUGGGCAGCAUGUCCAGAUGUCAGUUCAGAAACUGCAGCAGAUGCAACAAGGUCUCCAUGUACACAGCCCGUCCCAGCCAGACAUUGCCCUGCAUGCCCGGCCGGCCUCCAGCUCAGUCGCAGGACGUAUUCUUGGUGAUGUAAACUUGAAUCUGGACGAUAAGACGGCUAUAAAAGCUAGAGGAUUGUGGGAAGACUGGCAUUUGCGUCAAAUCAUUGACCAACCCUCUAGAACGAAUCACCUAUCGGGUCUGGCGCUUUCCUCUCGAACAGGCAACCAUAACACCUCAGAGGCCGUCACUCUGACCACACCCACCUCCAACAGCCAGAGCCGGCUAGGCGGAGCCCCCUCGCCUCAUCAUGUCCUCUCCAGCUUGGCCAGUGGCCCUGGGAUGGAGCAAAUCAAAAGUAACGGAGGCCUUGCUGGACUGCUGGGGCCCCCUCCCAAGAUGGAGGGGCGAGGGCGUAAGAAGAUAAAAGCAGAGAACGGUGGUGGCCCUCUGUUGGUGGUGCCCUACCCAAUCCUCGCUUCAGGCAACGACCAAUCCUGCCACACCAUCACCCCCAAAGAGGGCAAAUGCUACAGGUGUAAAUCGUGCCCGCUGACCUUCUUCUCCAAGUCAGACAUGCAGAUCCACUCCAAAUCCCACACAGAGGCCAAGCCUCACAAGUGUCCCCACUGCUCCAAAUCUUUCUCCAACGCAUCCUACCUGGCUCAGCACCUCCGCAUACACCUGGGCGUCAAACCUUAUCACUGCUCUUACUGCGAGAAAUGCUUCCGCCAGCUCUCCCACCUGCAGCAGCACACCAGAAUUCACACUGGAGAUCGGCCCUAUAAAUGUGCCCAUCCAGGUUGUGAAAAAGCCUUCACCCAGCUCUCCAAUCUGCAGUCUCACCAGAGACAGCACAACAAAGACAAGCCCUACAAGUGUCCAAACUGCUACCGUGCCUACUCGGACUCAGCCUCAUUGCAGAUCCACUUGUCUGCGCAUGCCAUCAAAAACGCCAAGGCCUACUGCUGCAGCAUGUGUGGCAGAGCCUACACCUCAGAGACCUACCUUAUGAAGCACAUGUCCAAACACACGGUGGUGGAACACCUGGUGAGCCAUCACUCUCCACAGAGGACCGAGUCUCCCAAUAUCCCCAUACGGAUCUCCCUCAUCUGAGCACUUCACCCUGACACCCGACCCCUGACCCCCAUGGAGGAACCCUCUGUAAGGUCACCCCUCCACUUAAGCGUAAUCAAUCCCAGAUAUUGGCUUUUAUUUGUUUGUUUUCCCCUAUGCGGGUUCCAAAAAUGUGCCAGACUGUAUUUGUACCUUAUCAAAAGGUAGACUCUUGAUUUUUAUUUAUUUUUUGUAUUUUGUCAUCUGUAGUUGGGGAAUGUUUGGGACAUCCAAAUAUGAUUUUUAGGCCUCAUAGUAUUGGCCGAAAAAGUUUUUACUCUACUAAGACAAUAAAAAGCAUUGCUCCAGGCAUCUAAAACAUUUA